AUGGGCUAUCCAGAUUGGCAGGUCCCAAGCGAUGCGGCGUCGAAAGCGUACUACGCCAUCAAAGCUCCUCACACAGUCCAGAGCACUUUGCGAAGCUGUGUGAGCGACCCUGUUCGUGCAUUGUUGGGCUACAAAGUAGACGAUCCGACGUACGGACGAGCUGCUCUGCCUCGCUCACCUCUCGAGAACAGCAUCCGUCAGAACGGCAAAUAUACGAUCAGAGACGGCAAAGUACUCGUCGAAGGCUCGACGCUCAAAGCCAAGGCGGACCAAAAUAGCCCAGAGCCUAGCUUGACACAGGACUGGAUCUCCUAUCAGACAUGGCAGGACGAAGCAGCGAGCAAGGACAAGGGCAUCCAAGCCGACUUUGUCUUCUGCCAUGGCAUCAAUGAUUAUGGCAGCAAGUUCUCAGAGCAUGCCGGUCCCUUUCUGGAAGCGGGGUAUCGCGUCAUCACGGUCGAUCUGCCCUCUCAUGGCAGAUCAACUGGUCUGCACGUCCAUGUACCCGACAUGGCGCUACUGAUCAGAGGCCUGCACGCCGCUCUAGUCGAUACCGUCAAGCAUGACGCCAAGAAGGCAAAUGUCAGCGAUGUAGAAGCGGCAAAAAGGUCCCGGAUACUGAGCGGACAGUCUCUCGGCGGCUUCGUCGCCGUGUAUUACCUUGUGCAUUAUCAGCCGCCUCGAUCGACUGAGCCAGGUCGGCCUGACAAUCCUGCGUUUGACGGAGCGCUCUUUCUCUGCCCGAUGCUGUCUAUUGCGCCCGAGUCAAGACCGUCGCUAUUGGUCGAGUAUGCAGGAAGAUCGAUUGCCUACUUCUUCGGUCGUCUGCCAUUUGCAGAUGCGAACAAGGGCAAGAAUUCCGAGGAUCAGUCGAUCGAGCAAGAGUUCCAGACGGACCCGCAGACUUAUCAUGGCAAGCUUCGCAUAGCAACCGGCAUUGCCAUCAUUGCAGGUAUAGACAAAUGUAUGGCCAGCAUCGAGAAGCUCUCGCUUCCCUUCAAGGUCAUACACGGAACGGGCGAUCGUGUGAUCGGAUACAAGAGCAGCCAGAGUCUCCAUGAUCGAGCGAGCAGCAAGGACAAAUCGAUCAAGCUGUUUGAGGGCUACGAGCAUAUGCUCUUGCGCAAGGGACAUGACACCGCAGACGAUCAGCGGAGGCAGAACGUGCUGCGCGAGAUGUUAGACUGGCUAAAGACUCAUUGA